CUCUCAUUCUAAACACAGAUUUUGGUGAGCCAUCGCCUGUUUAUAUUAAAAAUGGAACAUAUUUGACUCCAAAUACACCGACGGGCGCCAUUUCGCUGUCGCGUUCGGAUAUUGUGCUCGUCGGAUGUCCCGGCAACAAGAAGUUUGUUGUUUUAGGCAAUGAAACAACUAAUUUCAAUGCUAUAGAGGUGCAUUGUCUCCACGACAAUGUGUUCCGGUCUGGACGCUGGAUAGGACAAUUCAAAGAUAUUAAAUGCACUUCACUGCCGUGGUUCUCAGCUGAGGAGACUUCUGAAAGCUGCGCUGGUCGACAUAAACUUUACCGGGUAGGUUACUACAUCCGUAAUGUCUUCCACACGCUGUACACGGCGUGUUUCUCCCGUCAGCUCCUGUCGACGUUGUACGUACAUCACGAACUCAGGCCGUGGAGUAACUUUAUGCAGAACUCUUCUAGUAGACCUAACUUCAUUGAGGGCGGCGUGUUCGACAAAGUUCAAAUGUCAAAAGUUUACGCGGUGCAGAACCAGAAGUCUCGUUUGAAUCAAAUCCUAGGAGAUAAUAUGGAUCAACAGUAUAUUACGAGGACACAGUUUCUUAACCGCGGUCACUUAGCAGCAAGAGCAGACUUCGUGAUGCGUGCGACACAAAAAGCUUCUUUUCAUUAUAUCAACGCGGCACCGCAAUGGAUGCGAGGGAACGCGGGAGACUGGGCUGCCUUAGAAGACGCUCUUCGUCGUCGCAUUUCGUCAUAUGAAACUGGUGUACAAGUGUACACGGGGACGCAUAAUGUCGCUACGUUAGCUGACAAAGAUGGUCACCUGCAAGAAUUGUUUCUACAUGUUGAUAGUAAUAAUAAUAGAAUUAUACCUGUACCGAUGUAUUUCUAUAAGUUGAUUUACGAUCCUAAAAAGAAAACAGCGGUUGCAUUUAUAUCGAUAAAUUCGUCAUACUACAACAACACUAUGAUUGACAAGUUGACGUUUUGCAAUGACAUUUGCGAUGACAACCGAAACUAUUCAUGGUUAAAAUGGCGGCCGAAUGACGGAACACACAGUUUCUGUUGUGAAUACGAAGAAUUCGUUAAAUAUAUCGAUUACUUACCUAGAUUGAAUGUGAAAGCAAUAUUUUACUAAAAUUAUAGAUGAAUGAAGCAAUUUAAAAACAAAAAAAAAAUCAAACAGACAGUCGUCAGCAGACGUCAAAUAUCAUGGCAGCCAU